AGGUUGUACAAAGCAUCAAACUUUUCUUAAUAGAGAAGCCAAAUGACAAUGAUUUUGCUAUUAUUAUUUGUCUUUUGUUGUCCACCCUUCAUCUUGCAACAUGCUUUGCCAUUUGGUACAUAUCAAUUCUCUGUAGCUUCAUGGGUCUUUCUGUUAAAAUAUUUAAUACAAAUUAACGCGUUCACUAUAUUAAUUUACAGGUACCCCUAUACCAGGAAAGUAUCUGGUUGACUCCAUGAACUUUCGGGGGUGUCUGAAGUUUUAUGUACACUUGGCAAAGACUUGACUUCCGCUGUUGCCGUCGUUUCCCCCUGUGAGCACCAGCAAUGGCAGAGGCAGUCCUUUCCGCUCUCUUGCAGGUGAUAUUUGAGAAAUCAACUUCUGAGACAUUCGAAACGUAUGCACUGUUGCGGGGCACUGAGAAGGAGAUGAGGAAGCUUCAAGGUGUCUUAUCAACAAUUCAAGCUGUACUGGAAGAUGCAGAAGAUCGACAAGCAAUGGAUAAGGCAGUUAAAAAUUGGUUGAUAAAGCUUAAGGAUGUAGCCUAUGAUGCCGAUGACUUGUUGGAAGAAUACAUGACAGAAGCAUCACGGCGGCGGUUGGAGUCUCAUGAUUACAAGAAACUCUCGCGUUUCAUAUUGAAUGAGGUACGGUACUUCUUCUCACAAUCAAAUCCGAUUCUGUUUCGUUAUCAAAUGAGAAACAAGUUGGAGAAUAUAGCGGAGAGAUUAGAUGCUGUUGCAGACGAGAGGUUCAAGUUCCAUCUGGGAGAUAGAUUGGCUGAUUCCAGGAGUCAGUUCCCUCAAAGACUACAAUCAGAUUCUUACCUACUAGAGUCUGAAGUUCUGGGCAGAGAAGCAGACCAAGAAAAGAUCGUGACCCUUCUGCUGAGCUCAGCCGAUCAAAGAGACGUGUCGGUGCUUCCUGUGGUUGGAAUGGGUGGGUUAGGUAAGACAACGCUUGCCAAGUUGGUGUACAAUGACGAGAGGGUGCAGGAGCAUUUUGAAUGUAGAAUUUGGGUUUGUGUGUCUGAGGACUUUGAUGUAAAGCGACUAAUGAAAGCAAUUAUUGAAUCUAUGACUGGGAACCGAUGUGAUCUUCAGGAAACGGAAUCAAUUCACCGCCGCGUUCAAGAACUGAUACGGGGACUGAGGUUUUUACUAGUUUUAGAUGAUGUAUGGAAUGAUGAUCAAGAAAAAUGGGACAGAUUGAAAAAUUCAGUCAGGCAUGGUUCUGUAGGUAGCAAGAUCUUAGUAACAACCCGUAGUGAGAAAGUUGCAUUGGUUACAGGCACCUUUGCUCCCUACCAUUUGGAGGGACUAUCAGAUGAAGAUUGCUGGUUACUAUUUGAGCAUCGAGCAUUCAAAUCUGGAAGACCAGAAGAGAGUUCAAGUUUCAUAGCAAUUGGAAAAGAAAUUGCAAAGAAGUGCCGGGGUGUACCUCUAGCAGCAAAGUCUUUAGGAAGUUUGAUGUAUUUGAGAAGGAAAAGAAGUGAGUGGUUAUUUGUUAAAGACAGCGAGAUAUGGAGGCUUGUGGAGGAAGAAAAUGGAAUUUUACCCGUGUUAAGACUAAGCUAUGAUAGUCUGCCAUCACAUCUGAAACAAUGUUUUGCCUAUUGUUCAUUGUUUCCUAAGAACUGCAGGAUAAAUAAGGAUAAACUCAUCCUACUAUGGAUAGCAGAAGGAUUUAUCCAAGUACCUCCAGGAAAGUCGCCGGAAGAAGUUGGAAAUGAAUACUUUAAUGAAUUACUAUGGAGCUCUUUCUUCCAAAAUGUAACCACAGACCAUGAUAAGAACAUCAUGGACUGUGAAAUGCAUCAUCUUCUCCAUGAUCUUGCGAAAGCUGUUGCUGGUAGCAGUUGCGUGACAGUAGAAGUCAGCAAGCGGUUGAGUGUUCCAACAGGCACACGCUACUUAUCAGUGUUUUGUGCGGAUAAUAAGAUUCCAAGGGGCUCAAGGAAUGCCUGCAAGUUGAGAUCCUUCCUUCUACUGUCUGGACACUGGAAGACUGCAGAAGUAUCUCGCAAAUUGAUCUUGAGUCUCAAAUCCUUGCGCUCCUUAGAUAUAAGCAAUACUGGCAUAAAGAAGAUAUCGAAGUCCAUCGGUUUGAUGAUUCACUUAAGGUAUCUUGACCUCUCUAGCACUCUUAUCAAAAGGUUACCAAAUACAGUCUGUAGCCUUUUCAAUUUACAAUCUUUAAUACUCAAGCACUGCACUCGUCUGGAGAAGCUGCCCAAAGAUAUGAGAAAGUUAAUCAAUCUCAGGCAUUUGAAUUUAUCUGAUUGUAGAUUAUUAAAUAAGUUGCCAAAUGGAAUCGGUGAUCUUAGGUCACUUCAAACAUUGCCUGUAUUCAUAGUUGGCAAGGAAGCUUCAUGUAGUAUAGCAGAGUUGCAGAACCUAGACUUACAUGGAGAACUUGAAAUUAGGAACCUCGAGAAUGUGUCUAAUAGUAGAUGUUCCAAGAGUGCGAAGAGGGCCAACUUGAAGGAGAAGUGGAACCUGCAGUCAUUGAAAUUAUGGUGGGAGCAUGUUGAUGAGGUGCAUGUUAAAGAAAACGUUGAGCAUGUUAUUGAAGGCCUUCAGCCAAGUUUUGAACUAAAAAAGUUGGAAAUCAAGAAUUAUGUGGGCUCAAAAUUUCCUGGUUGGUUGAUGAAUCCAUGUCUUACAAAUCUUGUAGAGCUCUCCUUAAUUAAAUGCCAAAGGUGUGUUCAGCUUCCUCUACUACAGAAGCUACCAGCUCUUGAGGUUCUCACAAUCAAUGAGAUGGAGGCCACAAUGUACUUCUGCGACGAUUUACAAGGAAAUGCAGGUGGUAAUGGCUUUGUAUCACUGAAAACACUGUCGAUCGAAAACAUGAGCAAUUUAUUGGGAUGGACAACUAAUGGAGGACAACUUAUACUUCCAAGCCUGAAGCAAUUGGUGAUUGAUGGGUGCCCAAAUUUGGGCUCGUUACCAGAGCUUCCUUCUGUUGCAUCAAUGAAACUCGAUGAUUGCAGCAUGGACUUACUAAGGAUGGUAACAAGGAUCACCACUCUUUCCGAUUUGAUAAUCAGUGGAUUUUCAGAGCUUGUACAGUUGCCUCAAGGGUUGCUAAAAAGCAACCCAUCCUUGUUGUCUCUUGAAAUCAGGGACUGUCUGGAGCUUAGAUCUUUCUCAGGUGAGCUUCAAACUCUUGGUCCCCUUCAAUGUUUAACCAUUAGCAAUUGCCCCGAGUUGGAAUCAUUUUCAGAGUUGAGCGGCCUCAGUUCACUCGAGUCUUUGUGGAUAGACAGGUGUGAUAGUCUAGUUUCAAUGCCAGGAGGAAUGACAAGAUUAAACUCUCUUCGACAUGUUUCGUUCUCUGAUUGUGAAAAUUUAGCGGCCUUGCCAGAGGCUAUCAAAUACCUUACAUGUCUCCAAACAUUGAACAUAUUCAGCUGUCCAGCCCUGGAAACUCUGCCUGAGUGGCUGGGAAACCUUGUUGCACUGAGAGAAAUGGAGCUUUGCUAUUGUGAGAAUCUGCUACGCCUCCCGCAAUCAAUGCAGCGCCUGACUGCUCUCCAGUUUUUGUUGAUUCGUGGCUGUCCUUGCUUGGAAAUGCGCUGUAAGAAAGACACGGGGGCAGAUUGGCACAAGAUACGACACAUUCCAUUUAUCAAGAUCAAUGGUCCUUACAUCCAAGCCCUUUCUGUUUGAAGCAACAUAAUGGUGAACUUAAAGGUGGUGCAAAAGCAUCCCGCGCCGGACGGCCAUGGAUUUGUGCAUGCAUAAUUCGAGGUUUCAAUGACCAAAGUGAAG